AUGCACGAUAAUUUUCAAAAGUUAGCGGUUGAAUUUGGCGAGCAAUCUCUUACUAACAAUGAAGUUACCUUUCAUGCACAACAAAUCGCCACGUUUUUAGUAGAGAACUACAAUCUUAAUUCGAAAGAUGUCGUGUAUCUAUACGUUGAAAAUGAUCUGCCGAAGGUAAUCGGAACUAAAUCAAUCGAGUUGACGGGUGCUGUUUGUCAAUCUCUUUCGUCUCCAGAUUCUUCUCCUCAAAAUAGCUUAGUCCUGGUUGAUUGGUUAACGCAAAAUAAAAUCAAAGAUAAUGUGAUUACAUUAAGUAUCGAUCGAAUGAUUCACACUGGAUGUAAAUCGUCAAGGAACGAAGAAAUACGAAGUAUAGAGCCGAACUUAUUUCAAAAUACCGCCACUAAACUCUGCAUACCAAAGAUCAAUGAUGAUUCGAUCAUUCUCCUCGAUGAGCACGAGAAUAUUAUCUUUCGAAGCAAAUAUUCAUGCAGUGAGAUAAUCCAUCAUAUUAGAGAUUGGGACAAUCUAGUCGAACUCUUCGCUGAUGACUUGCACGCAGAUACGAUUUGCAACGACAUUUCUCGAUAUAUUACCGAAAGUAUCAAAAAGCUAACACCAUAUUACACUACACAAAUCAUGUUAAAGCUUUGCAUGUACCGUCAAAAGUACAUCGAUAAUUUGCUACAACAACUAAUGGACUUCUUUCCGUAUAGAUUAAUUAUUCAGAACGAUUCCGGGAGUAAAGAUCCGGAAUCUGAUUAUGAUAUUCGUAUUGGUUCAACUGAUGGUAGCGAUGCGGACAUUGAUGCAUGUAUGAUAUUCAAUGAAUUCUUCUCUCAACAUUGGUCUUUACCAUCGGGAAUUGUAUUUGAUACGAAUCUGUAUCCGAGACAUUUGAAUACCGUCGAGCCAAUAUUUAAUGUACAAGGAACUGGACUAGGCAUAUUUAUGACCAUACGAUGUGAUUAUCCAUAUUAUUUCUUUACGGAGGUCAAUGAUUAUAAGCAGAAUAAAAUGUCGAUAAUCAAAUUACGAAAGUCAAUGACUGGAAACGAAUGGCAAGAUUAUGUAUAUAGAGUAACGAAAGCGGAUUCCUCAUUGAGAGAAUUUUUCUAUCGCGCUGAUACAACAUAUUGGAAAUAUACGAAAAAAUUACUCACACAGAUAUCUAAACCAAGUAAGUUAAUUCGCGAUACAUUAAACGAAAUCGCGAAUAUUGUACCAACCAUCAAAACGGAUCGAUACGAUACGACGAGAUUCGAAUCUUUAUGGUCGAAAGUUCAUGGUCGCAUGCGACCUGUCCUAAUGGAACACAGCAGCAUCUUGUUUAUAUCAUAUCUCCGUCAAGCUCGUAAUCUCGAACGCGAAAUUCGAAACCGAAAAGAUCGAUACGACAAUUCGUUUUUGCAUCCGAUCCUCUGCAUACCCCCGAGUGAAAUGGCAUAUAUCGACGCGCUGACUGUCUCCAUGCGGCAUAAAUUCUCCAAAGCCAUUUAUUUUGCGAACGAUGCGUGCGUCGCCGAAGGUUCAAUGUAUUACGUCAGUGUCGAACAGUACAACAAUCAUGUUGACGUAUCCUAUGUAAAGGAUAAAACAUUACGAACAAAUCUUUUAACGAAUAAUCAAUUGUACCAAUCCAUGAAUGAACAAUACGGAAAUUUUCUGAAGUAUAUCAAAAGUUACUCGAACAAGCAGGUUCAUAAUGGACGGACGAUCUAUCGAAGCAGCAAAUAUUUGUAUCGACUAGUUAAUACGAUGAUAGAUUUAGGUGCAAAUCAAUGGAAUCGAAUGGGCUUUGAUAAUGAUCAGCACGGGAAAAGAUUAGGAUUGCUGGUGAAGGAAUGUUUAUUGUGUAUUCGGAAAUAUAAAUAUCCAUAUAAUGAAAUGAAUUCCAAUGAUCGUGCGGAGAUAAGUGAAUAUUUUGCAUUAGGGAUAUUUCCAAUUGAUCGGCAACUACAAACAUUUUGGAAAUACCGAAGAUUAACACUGGAUAGAUCAUCGGAAUUGUACAAAUAUCGAAGUUAUACAUGGGAAAGCAUGAGAACACCACCUUUUCAAUCAAAAAUUCAAGAUUUAUUAAUUGAAGAUAUCAGAAACAAGAAAUUCGAUGGCAUAUCAUCUCUUAAACAGACGAACUGUUCAAUACUUGACCAAUUUACAUCAGCAGUUUAUCAACUCAAUACGAUUGAUCAUGUCAAUAAACGUCGUGCGGUGUUAGUCAUUUGUGAAACACGGAUCGAUGCAAAGACAAUCUUCAAAGAACUGCAACGUCAGCAGCCGACAAGUUCGAUUCGGUUAUAUACAGAUAAUACUGAUCGUAUCGAAUCCAAUGCUGUUUCAAAUCGCGUUGAUUGUGGAGAUAUUAUCGUUGCAACUAAUUUAGCAGGACGCGGAACUGAUUUGAAAACUACGUACGAUGUUGAACAACAUGGUGGUCUUCAUAUUUCUUUGACAUUUCUACCGAAAAACGUACGUGUAGAAGAGCAAGCACUUGGUCGAACAUCUCGACAAGGUAAUCGCGGCACAUCGCAACUAAUUCUUAAUCGACAACGAACCUUCCUGCAGCUUAUGUCCUGGUAUCCUGAUUACUGGAAUGCUCAUCGUCAUGAAUUCAGUGAUUUGACUGAUAUAGAUAUCGAAACGAUAUAUGACUGGAGAACACAAAGUGAAUCUGAGCAAUUGGAUCAGAUUUGGAAGCGAGAUAUUGGUGAGCUAAAAGAAAAAUCUCGACUUUUCCGAGGGUUUUGCGCAUAUCUUACUGAGUUGAAGGCGACAAAAGAGUAUACAUGUUGUCUAUCAAGUGUGAAAGAACAAUGGGGCUUAUGGCUUAAAUCAGUGGAUCAACGUGAGCAAGCAAGACGAAUGCUGGAAAAAAACUAUCAAAGAAGCUGGAUUUCACUGCAUCGAUCAGUGUUUUGUCUGUCUGAGUCUCUUUGA